GAGCAAUAGCAAUAGCAGUAGUUGGUGGUUGAGUGAGUGAGCGAGUCUCCCCCUUGGCAGUAGAAAUGGUCGACUAGCUGCAUCAUGAAUCGCACCCAAGUCUACUUCUCGUGCCUUCCUCACUCCCUUUAUAUAAGACAUCACAUGAUCACCUAUUCUUGCAUGUGAUUCCUCCUCUCUUAGCUCUCUUGUCUAGCAAUAUAUCCACCGGCCCUUUGCUCCCUUCCCAUAAUUUGAUCACCUCUUCUUCUUCUUCUUCUUUGAAAUUAUGAUGCCUCCUGAGCAGGAAAAUACUAAUAUCAGUACCACUGGCAAUAUGGGACCGUCUAACGUCAUGCUCACAAACUGGACCGAGACUGUCACAGUUCAUGCUGAACCUUCCGUUUCUUCAUCUAUUAAUAACACAAGCUCAUGUUCACAAGAUCAAGUAUUGCAAGGUCAACAAGAACCGGCCCUAUCAAGAUUCACGAUUUUACGUGCUUCUUUACGCCCUGUAACACUUGAGUUUGCAGAUGUUGCAUACAGUGUUAGUUUGUCCACGAAAGGAACUUGGUUUACUUCAAGUGAACCAAAAUCUACAAGAACAGUACUUAAUGGUGCUAGUGGUAUCGUUCGACCCGGCGAACUGCUAGCAAUGCUUGGUCCAUCAGGAAGUGGCAAGACAACACUUUUAACAGCUCUAGCCGGUAGAUUACCUGGAAAGGUUUCUGGUACUAUAACAUACAAUGGCCAGGCUUUUUCUAGCUCCAUGAAGCGCAGAACAGGUUUUGUCACUCAAGAUGAUGUGCUGUAUCCCCAUCUUACAGUUUUAGAGACCUUAACCUAUGCUGCUUUAUUAAGGCUACCAAAAAAGCUCACUAGACAAGAGAAAAUAGAGCAGGCUGAGUUGAUUAUAAUGGAGCUUGGACUAACUAGGUGUAGAAAUAGUGUAGUGGGUGGACCUUUGUUUCGGGGCAUAUCGGGUGGUGAACGUAAACGGGUCAGUAUCGGGCUAGAAAUGUUGGUUAACCCGAGUUUGUUAUUGCUUGAUGAACCCACUUCAGGGCUUGAUUCUACCACAGCCCAGCGUAUUGUGGCCACUUUAAGGGGACUAGCAAGAGGUGGUAGGACUGUGGUAACUACUAUUCAUCAACCUUCAAGCAGGUUGUAUAGGAUGUUUGAUAAGGUGGUGGUUUUGUCGGAAGGGUGUCCGAUUUAUAGCGGGCAGGCCGGUCGGGUCAUGGAAUAUUUUAAAUCAUUAGGAUACAAUCCCGGGUUCAAUUUCAUGAAUCCUGCUGAUUUUCUGCUUGAUCUUGCUAAUGGUUUAGUUCCUGAUACCAGAUCACAAGAUGACCAGCUGGAGUUUCAUGGAAGAUUGGACCACCAUGAUGAUCAAAAUUCAGCAAAACAGUCUUUGAUAUCGUCUUAUAAGAACAACUUGUAUCCUCUGUUGAUAUCUGAAAUUCAUCGAAAUGCUCAAGACCCGGUUCUUCCUUCAUCAUCACUGAGAGGUUCUGAGGUUCAAUGGACCACCAGCUGCUGGCAGCAGUUCAAGGUAUUGCUGAGAAGGGGCUUGCAAGAAAGGAAGCACGAGUCUUAUUCAGGCUUAAGGAUUUUCCAAGUUAUUUCAGUUUCGAUUCUUUCUGGCCUUUUAUGGUGGCACUCUGAUACUUCACACAUACAAGAUCAGGUGGGACUUCUCUUCUUUUUCUCCAUCUUCUGGGGCUUUUUCCCUCUGUUCAAUGCCAUAUUCGCAUUCCCUCAGGAGCGACCGAUGCUAAUAAAAGAACGUUCCUCUGGCAUGUACAGGCUCUCCUCCUAUUAUUUUGCAAGAAUGGCCGGUGACUUACCAAUGGAGCUUGUUAUGCCAACUAUUUUUGUAACUGUCACCUAUUGGAUGGGUGGUCUCAAGCCUUCCCUAAUCACUUUCGUACUGACCCUCUUGGUUAUCCUUUUCAAUGUGCUAGUUUCACAAGGGCUAGGGCUAGCCCUCGGAGCCAUUUUAAUGGAUGUAAAACAGGCCACUACUUUAGCUUCUGUGACAAUGCUUGUAUUUUUACUUGCUGGUGGAUACUACAUUCAACACAUUCCUCCAUUCAUAGCUUGGUUGAAGUAUAUCUCUUUUAGUCACUACUGUUACAAGCUGCUGGUGGGGGUACAGUACUCAGCAACUGAAGUUUAUGACUGCGGUUUACAGAUGCAUUGCAGGGUAAUGGAUUUUCCUGCUAUCAAGUAUCUAGGUCUUGAUAAUAUGUGGUGGGAUGCAGCUGCUUUGACAAUAAUGUUGGUGGGAUACAGGCUUUUGGCUUAUGUGGCUCUAAGAAUGGGGCAACCUCACUGACCAUAUGAUAAGUAAUUAAAGUGCAUUGACUACAAUAAAGUAUUUGUUUGUAGUAUAGGUAUUGAGAAAAUUGUUCUUCAAUUUGAUCGUAUGAUCUUGAAUUCUGAAAGAAACUGUGAUCAAAUAUCUUGAAGAUUAGCCUGUGUAAGAGUAAAUUGGAUUCAGAUUAUCUGAUAGGUUGUAACAUGUGCUUUCCAAUUAAAUCAACCUGUGACCAGACAGGAGACUGAUUAUGAUUUAUAAAAAAACUCUUUUCUGUAA